UGCCAAGACACCCCAGAGAAUGUGUGAAUGAAAAGGCAGAGGACAGGAAUCACUGAGUUCUCAGGGGUGAUCCAGGUGUCUGUUAGAGUCAGGAAGUGUAGUGAGUGGAGGGAUGCUAGGGCUGGACAGCAGAUUGGCAAUUCCAGAGCCAUCCUUCCACCACUAUCUGUGAUUGUGCAGAAUAUUUAAAGUCAUAGCAUUUCACCAGACAUUUGAUUCCACAUUUGCUAUAGAAGCAGAUGAAAAUUAUCUGCCUUUUCAAAUGCUAACAUGUCUAAUUUCUUAUAAGUGCUAGUGUUAUUUGUGUGCUGGUUUAUUAUUAUUAUUAUUAUUAUUAUUAUUAUUAGCAAUUGUGGUGACCUGGUAGCUUCCUGAAGGUUCCUUUUGAGACUUUCUUGAUGGUACCAAGAGCUCAGAUCACCACUGGUACCACUCAUGUCUUGGUGCUCUACAUUCUCCUAAGCCCCUUCUCCAGACCCUUAUAUUUGCUGACAUUUUCAGCUUCCUUGAUCUUAAGGUUCCUAUCAUCUGGGAUUGCCACAGCUAUCAGGAAGUACUGCUUACUUAUUACUACUGUGUAUUAUGAUCCUGUUUAGUAUAUUUAUAAGGUUCAUUAUAUAUUUUAUUAUAUAUCUCAAGUUAUGUAAAACAAUGCCUUUAUGAUAUCUAACAGAACACACCUAAUUUAUCCUUUCUAUGAUGGCUUGUUUAGGCAUUGCUUGUUCAUGUUCAUUCACUAACCCCAAAUUUAAACAGGACAUAAAUUGCAGUGUUUCUAAUAAAAAUUAGUGUAUACGAACCUUGGUUUAUAUUAAGUUGACUGUAGGGUUUGACUUCUGAACCUUUAUGAUAGUAGGGUUAGAGAGAAAUAUACAAUACAAUAACUUUGCUGGGACUAAUAUAUUUAAUAUAGACUAUAUAUUUUUAACAGUUAAACAAUUAAAACAAAUCAUUUCUCCAUCGGGGUGCAGUACUGAGCCUUGAAGAAUCGAUGGACUUGCAAAAGGUAUACAACUGCUAUUAGUUAAAUGACAUUUCUGUGAUUCUUACUUGAUAAUCGGAAAAUCUACGUGUCUGCAGUCGAUCGGAUCUAACAAUGUCGAACAGUUUCUAAGGAUCAUCAUCUUUUUUCUGUAAAUAAAAGUUUUCUUAGGCUGCAGCUGUACACACACAUUUGGAAACCAUCACUGACUGAGGAUGUUAAAGAGAUGACGCGGAAGUAAUCGCUUCUACUUUUCGUAGAGUUCUCUGAUGCAUUUCCAUGAACUGCGCUAAGUGCUGCAUGUCGCGUAGACAGCUUCGAUUUUGUGUAUUGUUCGCCACUUGGCAAUGCAAAAUGAGGGCUGUAUUUCUUGGAAUACUUAUUUUAUUUAAAUAUGGCGUUUACGCGUUGGAGUACAACUUUGAAGGAGAAAUUAGGAACUUUGUUGUUGGACAGGGUAAGGUGUACGUUGUUACCGACUCUCGCCUCCACCAGAUGCGUCUCGAUCUAGUAGAGGAAAAGUUUAAGGAUUUACCAAACCAUACACAUCCAAACAAAGUUAAUAUUUUAUUGCCUUUCGACGCUAAUGGUACACUGAUUGUCUGUGGAAGUGAUACAAGUGGAUAUUGUGAGGUCCUCGAUAUAAAUGACAUAACCAAAACUAUCUACAGAGAGGCUCUGUCAGUUGUACCAUUAGUGGAUAAAUCAUCGAUGGCAUUCCUUGUCGAUUUUGAUCAAAGUAACGGAGUACAAUCCAGGGGUGCAUAUUUGUUGGUUGCCGGGGAGAAUGAAGACAAGGCAAAAAAAGAUACAGGGUGUAACUUCCAAGGAGGUGUAACCUUGUGGAAUACUCUACACUCCCAGACGGGCGAUAUUUUCUCUACAACAGCCAGUGAACCAACCGACUCAUGUGUUAUAGUUAAGGAUGUUGAGUGGGUGGACGGGUUUCAAACAUCUUCGCACUCUCACUCGUACUUAUUUCUCAACAUUAAGUCUGCAACAGCACCGAGUGUUGUGCUCUUAAGGAUGCAUAACAGCCGCAAAAAAUCAGAAAUGACCAGAUCCCUGAAAGGUGCGCGGUUACAGUGUUGUGAGGAUAAACCCCGCCGCAAGCUCUUGUCCUCUGCCGUUAUCUCCUCUGGGAGCCCUCUUUUAUGGGUGGGAAUAUUCACUGCCCAAGAAGAGCACGAUGACACUGCUUUGGCUAUAUUCGACAUCAGCGAUCCAGGAAACCAAGUUCCUUCAGAUUUCGAAUGUAAUCCAAAGUGUGCAGAGGUUAAAAGGGACAAGGUAUUAAAGCCACAGUCUGAGGUUUUCAAACUUAGUUCAAUGACCUCUGUGGCGGCACAAAAAAAAGGAUCGUGGAUUGUGCUGUACAUUGGAACAGGAAAUGGUCAGCUGAUUAAGCUUGUAUUGGAUAAGUCUUUCAGACCGGGAUGUAUGAAGGUGCUAUACAGAUCUGAUGAUGACAGAAUGCUGUUUUCCAGAAUGCACUUUGACCCAGUGGAUCAUAAAUACAUCUACAUAGCUUUGAGAAAUCAAAUCCGGCGAGUGGCAGUAACUCAGUGUGGCAUGUACAGCACAUUGAGACACUGCAGGUCCUCUCAGGACCCUCUCUGUGGCUGGUGUAUGAAAACAAGCAAAUGCUCUACCCAGGAUGAGUGUUCAAAUUCUACUUGGAUCUCAAUUCCAGAUUCUUUUCAGAAAGAGCUGAUUUCUUUUCAGGUGGCAAAGCACACUGAAAAUCUCAAUAUGACUCUUCACCUGAGUGUGAGUGCCACAGGACAUCUUCCCUUAUCAUGCACCUUCAAGAGUGGAAGUAAGGAUCUGUGUGACAGCCUUCCUACUGCAGUCUUCCCCAAGUGUUCAUGUAGUUUCUCCAGCCAGGACUUGCCAUCUAAAGGACGCCAAGUCAUAGCAACUGUCACUAUUGGAGAUGAGACUCUCACAGAAAGCCUGAAACUGAGAAAUUGCCCAGACAUCUCAGAGAGCUCACCAUAUGCUAAGUGCACUGCCUGUGUCUCAUCUGGGUGUCACUGGAACUCCAGUAACCAGACAUGUACCUGGAAUCAUGGGUCUGCACCACAGGUGCACAUAGAGGAUAUGUGUAAACAACUAACUGCUAGGAAGAACUACACACCAGAGAUCAUUUCUCUGUGGCCUAGUCAGGUCUCUUUUCAUGGCAAAAACAAUGCAGUGAUGAAGGGGAAAAAUCUGGAACAAGUUGUGAAAAUUCGCUUCCAAGGAAUCAUGGCCUGCAAUCCAACGGAGUCUCCGCUGUUAAAGCGCUCCACUGACACUCUGAGGUUCAACAUUCCAAGAGGAAAUAAAGGCGCUGUCAGGGUGUGUGUGGUGACAGCAGACGGGAGUUGUCAUAGCAACGCCACCAUCACCUACGGCUCCCAGCCCACGUGUACUGGACUGCAGCCUAUAAAUACAUGGGCCAGUGGUAAACGGCAGAUCCACGUACUGGGGACCAAUUUGGAGUAUGCGGAGACUGUUCAUUUAUCCUCGAAAGAGAUUAUACUCAACUCAGCCAACAAGUCCUUUUGGUUCCACUCUGACAAUAUGAGAGAAUACCAGGCACUAGGGCCAUUCAAUUUAUCACUCGGAGUGGGAAACAUAACAGUGCCCUGCGCAGAAACUCUCUACUACCACCCAGAUCCAGAAUUCACCAGCUUUGGUACAUCUCUGGUUGACAAUGAUGUGCUCAUCACCAUACAGAAAAAAGAAGACAGGUUGAAUUUAAGUAUGAAGGAGGUGAAUGUGUUAGGGCUGCAGAAGGAGAAGCCAUUUCCGUGUUUGAUACUAGACAUUAAGUCCACCACUGUCCUUUGUAAGAUUGUUGGAGGAAAGGCAGUCAGCGUGGACUCACUGAGGAUUGCAUUUGGCAAUGACACUAAAACUUUAGAGAUGACCCAAAGUGCUACAAAAUUUUUGUAUAUACUUGUCAUAUUAAUCAUUUUGAUUCUUCUUGGUGCUAUUGCUGGAGUAUGGAUCCAUCGUAAGAGCCAGAGACAGAUGAGUGCCAGAAUGAAUGUGCGUCUGGAACAGCUUGAGAGUGAAAUUAGAAAUGAGAUCAGACAAGGGUUUGUGGACUUGCAGACAGAGAAAUCAGACCUGAUUGAAAAUGUUGGAGCUAUACCCUUCCUUGAUUAUAAACAUUUUGCUUUGAAAAUAUUCUUUCCUGAGAGUGGACCUUUAGCAAGUUUAAUGGUUAAAGACAUUAGCCAGCUUGCGAAUAUGGAGCUUGAUGAGAGAUGCCAGGCCCUCUCCGCUCUGAUCCGAAAUCAGAUGUUCCUCACUUGUUUCGUCCAUACACUGGAGGAGCAAAAUAACUUUACCAUAAAGGACAAGUGUGCAGUGGCAUCACUGUUAACGGUAGCUCUGCACAAUGACCUGCCAUACCUGACACAGGUGAUGGAGGACCUCCUGGAGAGCCUGAUGGAUCAGCCCAGCAAUGCCCAGCCCAAACUCUUGCUACGCCGCACAGAGUCCAUUGUAGAAAAGAUGCUCACCAAUUGGAUGUCUAUCUGUCUAUAUGGCUUUCUGAGGGAAUCAGUUGGUCAGCCUCUGUUCCUGUUGGUGUCUGCCCUGACCCAACAGAUUUCACAAGGACCGGUGGAUGCGGUGACUGAGAAAGCUCUGUACACGCUGAAUGAAGACUGGCUCCUUUGGCAGGCUCAGGACUUUAACUUCAGUCCCCUGAAGCUGAAGGUGCUGUUUGCUGUGGGCACAGAGGGAGAAGUCAGCGAACCACUGGAGGUCAAAGCUCUGACCUGUGACACAAUAGAACAAGUGAAGGACAAGAUCCUGCAGACCUUCCAGCGCAAGUUUGGCUUCUCAUAUACUAAACAGCUCAGAGAUAUUGACAUCGAAUAUGAAAAGGAAGGAAGUUAUAUAGCUUUGGAGGAAGUUGAUACCAGCUCAGAAGUGCAGGGGGAGGUGACCAUGCUGAACACACUCAGACAUUAUGAAAUCCCAGAUGGAGCUUCAGUUAAAGUGAUCAUCAAAAAGGUCCAUGCUCCUCUUAGUCCACAGACAAGCUUGAAGGAUGAUCAGAAUUUCUCUAUCAAGUACUUCCACCUGAUUGACCCAGACAUUGACAGGGAUGAAAGCCAACACCCAGAAAGGAAGAAACUGAAACUGAAAGAGAUUUACCUCACCAAACUACUCUCAACCAAGGUGGCAGUGCACUCCUUCGUGGAGAACCUCUUCAGGAGUAUCUGGGGAAUGCCCCACAACAAAGCUCCCCAGGGAGUCAAGUACUUCUUUGAUUUCCUGGACACACAAGCUGAGAAGAAAAAAAUCACAGAUCCCGAUGUUGUUCACAUCUGGAAGACCAACAGCCUGCCUCUGCGUUUCUGGGUGAAUAUUCUGAAGAACCCCAAUUUCGUGUUCAGUGACCUGGAGAAGACGGCUCACCUGGACAGCUGCUUGUCGGUCAUUGCCCAAGCCUUCAUUGACUCCUUCUCCCUUACUGACCAGCAGCUGGGCAAGCAUGCACCAACCAAUAAGCUGCUGUAUGCAAAAGACAUUCCUCAGUAUAAACAGGAAGUGAAGACCUACUACAGGUCGGUGAGGGAUCAACCGUCUGUGAGCAGUCAAGAGUUUAAGGCUUUCCUGCAGGAGGAGUCCAAGAAACAUGAAUAUGAGUUCAAUGAAUCUGCAGCCCUUCAUGAACUGAACAAGUACAUGGAGCGUUACUACACUGAGAUUGGCCAGAAGAUAGAGCAAAAAGCUGCCUCUCCUGGACUGAAAGAGAAGAUGCAUCACGUGCACAAGCUUUCUGAGAACAUGAAGAGAAGUGCGUGGCUCUGAUCUGCCUUUCUGCCUCCUCAGCAGCUUUAGGGGCACCACUCCCAUCACAAAGCGAUGCCCCAAAUCCACACUGCUCACUACUGCAGGAUGCAGUGUUUGAUACCAAUACACAGAAUCUACUGACCUCUGAAAACACUUUGCAGGGCUCAAAUGUUUGUGGUGGCUCUUGGCCCUGGAGGUCUAAUCUCUGUACAGGAAAAGAUCAUUUAUGCAGCAUUAUAAUGUAUAUUUAUAUAUUUCCAUGAAUGUGCCAUUAAUGCAAUUUUUACAUGCCAAAACUUAUAACUGUACAAUGUGAUGUUCAUUAACUAUGGUCACUCAGAACUGUAAAAUUUUGUCUCUCACCCAAAUGUUGUGGUACAUGAGACUGAGCCCAGUCAUACGACCAUAAAUUAAUAGUCUCGAUCUUGUCUUGGUCUCAGCAUUAUUUGGAAUCGUUCAUGUCUUUGGCAUUUAUCAUUGAAAAGGGUUUAAUCAUUUUUUAUUUUUCUUCAUACUAAUAAACAAGUCACUUCUGGGA